AGCGCCCUGAGGGAGGAAAUUAUCGAGAGCCAGCUUGAAGGAGAAGAGAGAGAGAGAGAGAGAGAGGGAGAGGGAGGGGUGGAGAGAGAAAGAGGGUUGGCAUAAAGAGGGAGAAACGAAGAAAGUGUGCUUUAAUUUUAAGCCCCUUUGUAAUUGCAUUUCGGGAUCUCGAAUCUUCAAUCUUCAAUCUCCAAAGGUAUUCUAUGGCCAAUUCAAAGGGAUCAUCGAUGUAUUCUGGAAAGCAUUCUCAGCUUCCGCCAAAAAUUCCAUUCCCCUGUGUUUCUCAAUCACAUUCUGAUAAUGUCCCAAACCCUAUGAUUGGUUCAAAUGUUGCUCAGAAACCUAGAGAGGGACACAAUAACCUCAGGAGGACUUCAUCUGAGAGCCUUGUCAAUAUCAUAGAGGAGCAGCCUUCAUGGCUUGAUGAUCUUCUUAAUGAACCUGAGACACCUGUUCGUAGAGGUGGCCAUCGGCGUUCUUCAAGUGAUUCUUUUGCAUACUUAGACACAUCUAAUGCUUUUAACAUUAGUUACACAGAUCAGGACGAAUAUCAGUACAAGAAUUCGACAUCUAUUCCAUCUUGGGCAUCACAAGACAUAGAUCAUGGCAAAGGUGCUUAUCAGAUACCCAUUUAUGCAGAAAUGAACUCAGCAAAAAAGAAAAAUAGGGCUUGGGAAUCUUCUGUAAAUGCCGUUACACAUCCAGGUGGUCCCUCUGGAAGGGACAAUGUUGCUUUGCAUAGUUCAGGAUCAUCAUGUGCUUCACGUGAAGUAGAUGGAAAUGCAUCAACUGUGAGUGAGAAGUAUGAGUCAGUAGAACCUGGUGGACCGGAUGCAAAAUCGUCUUCUGGAAGAAAUGAUGGUUCACAUGCAAAGCCAUCUACAUCUGAAACCGAUACAAAACGUGCCAAACAGCAAUUUGCUCAACGUUCCCGGGUCCGUAAACUUCAAUACAUUGCUGAGCUGGAAAGAAAUGUGCAAGCUUUACAAGUGGAAGGGAAUGAGGUAUCAGCUGAACUUGAUUUUCUUAACCAGCGGAAUCUUAUUCUGAGUAUGGAGAAUAAUGCCCUCAAGCAACGAUUAGAAAAUUUAGCGCAGGAGCAGCUUAUAAAAUAUUUGGAGCAGGAAGUCUUGGAAAGAGAGGCUGGAAGAUUACGUGCCUUGUAUCAGCGGCAGCAGCAGCAGGCACAUCAUCUGACACCACAGCAAUCUUCUUCUGGCCCUCGACGAACAAGGAGCAGAGACCUUGAAUCCCAGUUUGCAAACCUUUCUAUGAAACACAAGGAGUCAAAUUCAGACCGUGACCCUGUGACGGGUCCCCUCCGUAGUUAGAUCUGCAGUCGACCUGUCCUUUCUGUAGUUAGUUCUGCACUCUAGCUGUAACUGUGUUCUGCCUCUAGAUUCAACUGACAUAUCUACACCUGCGACAUAAUUGUUCCUUUCCCUUGUGCGGGAUUGUGCAGAGAUUUCCAGCUUAUGCCCUCUCUCUGCCCGCAUUUCAUGCCGGCAUUUGCCAUACUGUUAACCCCUUCUUCAUGUUAAAAGCAAAUCAUUUAAUUUGCACCUGGUGGUCAUUACUGAAAACACGCUCUUUCCAUCAGUUGACUUACCGGAGGUGGUAACUCAAUAGCUUUUAUGGUUUCAUCCCUCACUGUACGUUCCUGUGACUAUUUUGUAACCAUAUGCCCCAUCUGUUUCUGAAUAUCCAUAGCUGUGGAAAUCUGCCUAAUAUAAACAGCAAGUAUCUGUAAGGCUGUUUGGAUGUGCGUUAUUUUUAUAGAUGAUGUUGAGCUGAAGCUUGUAGAAUGAUCGUACUAAUGAAAUAUGAAGCGAAUAUUUCAUUUACAUACAUUAUACAUUAUUUGAUGCCGGUGAUAAAUCUGACUUGCACGUUUUGACUA